AUGAAGAAUAGGAAGAAAGCCAAGAAAACUCCAAAGACGUUAUCAAAUACUCCCCGGAGUAGUAGGAGAAUGGGCAAAUCAGCAUCCAGGUCCAAUGCAUUAAUCAUUCGCCCAAAAGAUAAGGUGAGGUAUGCCGAGAUUUUAACGAAGGUGAACAAGGAUGUUCCUCCAGAUCAUGUGCUAGGGUGCGUUGAUAAGAUACGCAGAAGAGCCACAGGGGACAUGCUCAUCGUCUUGACCAAAGACAGCGCUAGCAAAGCCCAAGUGUUGCACUCAACCAUAGCUGGUCUCCUCGAGGAAGACGCUGAGGCUCUUAGCAAGGGCCCUCAAGAGAAUAUCGAGAUCAAAGACCUCGAUGAUAUGAUAACAAAGGAGGAAAUUCUGGAAGCCCUAUGCAAAACAGCGGGCAACGAGGUGCAGAUGACGCAGGAUGCCAUAAGAUUCUUGCGAAAAGCCUACGGAGGGACACAGACGGCGUUGGUGACACUGCCUGUACUCGUAGCGAAGAUCUUGGGGGACCAUGGCAAAAUUCAGAUAGGCUGGGUUAAUUGCCGAGUGAGAAGAGUAGAGAGACCAGUUAAGUGCUUUAAGUGCUGGUACUACGGACACCUCGCCACGAAGUGCACGAGUAUAGUCGACCGGUCCAAACUCUGCGUCAAAUGCUCAACAACCGGCCACAAGGCUUCGGACUGCCCGGAGCAGCCGCAAUGCGCCUUGUGCACCGAGAAAGGCAACACAGAGAGUUGUGCCCACAUUGCUGGUAGCAGUAGAUGCCCAGUGUAUAAGGAAGCACUUCAGAGGGUCCUCAAUAAACGAAGAUAA